AUGGCAAAAUUCUACUUUACCAUCAUCAUCCUCCUGAUCAUUUGCCCCUUCACUAUUUCAUGUUGGAUAAUCUAUCCCGGGGGAUGUAAUCCAGGAUGUAUCCGUAUCUAUCAAUGGCCAUCAGGAUUCGCGGGCCUCCACAUUCCGAAAUUCACAGUCCAAAUAGUCAACGAGGCAUGGAACAAUAAAGGAGUUUACGACGUUCAAAUAUCUUGUCCUGCGUUUGCUUCGACGACUCUGAUUAAUCCUGCCGUUUUCAGACGGAUAGACUUGGCCAACUGUCUCCUCUAUAAUGGCCGGAUUAUCAAUCCUGGUGAAGUGAUUACUUUCGAGUAUUCCAAUAUACUCCCCUAUCCGUUUAUCGUUCUCGAUUUAAAAUGCAUGUAA